UCUCCCCUCAGCUUAUUCUGGGGCUUGGGUUCUUUUCUAGACUAUUCCCCAUGAUCUGAUUUAUUCUGGACGGUGGGCCUCAGGUUUAUCCUUUGGCCUUGGCGCCGUCCCCUCGUCUGGAUAGUUUCUCUCCUGCGAUCUAGGCCCCGAUGUCCGGAUUAGGUGUACAUUUGCACGUGUGCCACGUGCCCUCCGACUGACCUUUCCGCAGUCUCCGUUCUCUGCAUGUUCUUCAGCGUGUCCUUCGACGUGUCCUUCCGAGGUGGACUCUCAGGAUCUGUCAGAGAUGGAAGGUACCAACGUGAAGAGCAACACCAACUUCUACCGCAUCCAAAAGCUUCUGGACCGAGGAAUCAGCGCCCACGUGUUCAGGUGUAACAACUUGAACACCGGCAAGGACGUGGCACUCAAAGUCCACAAGAACUACACAGUGUUUGAAAAUGAGGUCUACAUGCAGGAGAUUGUGAGCGUGCUGGACCCGGACAAGAAGAGCAUCGUGGAGUUCAUCGAGAACUUCACCUUCAACGGCCACCCGUGUCUGGUCUUUGAGCUUCUGGACACCAGCUUGUUCAGCAUGGUGUACGACAAGAGAUGGAAGACUUUCUCGCCCAACGACAUCCGACCCGUCGCCCAACAGCUCCUGACGGCUUUCGACGCCCUCAAGAGUAUCGGCGUGAUCCACACCGACCUCAAGUCGGACAACAUCAUGCUGGUCAACCACAGCGCGACACCCUUCCGGGUCAAGCUGAUCGACUUCGGACUGUCCAUCACCACCUCGGAGGCGCACCAAAGUUACGGCGUGGCCCUGCAGCCCAUGGGCAACAGGGCUCCGGAAGUGGCCCUGGGCCUCCCCUUCUCCGAGGCCAUCGACAUGUGGUCCCUGGGAUGCGUCCUGUCCUUUUUGUACCUGGGGAACUACCUGUUCUUGGCCAACUCCAACUACAACAUGUUGCGGAGCAUGAUCGAGGUGGUGGGUCGCAUUCCCGAUCAUCUCCUCAACGCCAGCAACGUCACCCACAAGUACUUCAAGAGGAGCGACAGAGAUAACGAAGGAGAUCAUCCCAAAUGGCGGCUCAUGACGGAGAGGGAGUACCAGGACAAAGCCGGAGUUGCUCCCGAUUCGCUGCCGUGGUCCUUCAAGUCUUUGGACGACCUGCUCAAACUCAAGCCGGAGGUAAGCGAGCCGCUGGAGUCGGAGGAUCGGAAGGCCUUCGUGGACCUCCUCAAGUGUCUUCUCCAGAUGGACCCCAAACACAGGAUCACCCCCGAGGACGCGCUGAAGCACCCCUUCCUCACCAUGAGCCACCUGAGCGACCACAAGACCACCAGCUCGUAUGUGAUUGACAGCCUUGAUAAAAUGAAGUUCUGUCCAGCGAGCAACUUUGAGAAGGAGGACCCGGGUCAAAGACUCAAGCCGAGGAACUGGCGUCAAAGAUUCUGUCGUUUCCUGGGCGCCAAAAGGACGGACAAUUCCGUUCCUCCGACCGGUUCCGGUCCUAGAGCUGACGAGGCGCCCGGUCGGGGUCCGGACGCCAAGUCGAAGGGCUGGCGGCAGAAUUUGUUUCAAUUCUGCCGGACCAACAGGAAGCCCGAUCCGCUUCCGCCUCCGGGACGAGGUCCCAAAGUUCAGUCGGAGAAGACCUGGUGGAUAAAGAUCUGUCUCUUCUUCCGAGUGAACCGAAUCGUUCCAGAAGCGGACCACGUUCCCCUCCGGCGAGCGAGCCCCCCCGCAAAGGUUCGAACGCACCCGGACCGAGAUCUUCAUCCCGGACCUGACAAGUCGCCGCAGGGUGACAAUGACGACCGCGCGUCGUCGCGACUUCACCCGUCGACGCAAAUGAAGGACUCGUCGCCAGUGACCCGACAAAGUUUCGACCGGUCGUCGCAAGCUCGCGACCGGUCCCCGGCGGUUGUUGACGACCUGUCCUCGCCGGCGAACCACGGCAAAAGAUCACCGGUCCGUCGGCCGUCUCGACCGAAGGGCAGGUCGGCGCCAGCGGCCAAGACGACGCGAGCUCACGCGCCGUCGCGCGCCAAACACAACAACAAGUCGCUGGUCAACAAGCCCUUGCGCGUCACAAACGACGAGUGGUCACGCGUCAACAAGUUGUUGCGAGUCAAAAAUGACCAGCCGUCGUCCCGCGUUGUUAACAAGCCGCAAGGUCAAAACGAGUCGUCUCGAAUGAAAAAUGACAAGUCGCGAGUUAAAAAUGAGCCGUCGCGGGCCAAAUUGGGGGGGAAAAAUGACGAGUCGGCAGCAGCUCACAGGUCGCGAGUCAAAAAGGACAAAGUGGACUUGAAGAGGGCGCCGGCCAGGAGCCGCAGCGACGCGACCCUUGACCUCGACUACCUCAGCUAUCUGGCCUCGGGUGUCAAUCGACACAAGGCGAAAAAGGACAAGAGCGACAAGACGGCGUGACCCGUUUUCCCUACCUGCUCGUCCAGCGACCGGAGCCGGAUUCUUUCAGCACUUUAAGCCGCAACCCAGUUGAGCGGGUGGUGUCGCUCCUUCUACCGCCUUUGAUGUUCUUUGUUAACAGAAGUUUCUUGUUGCAAUUUAGGCCGAAAGAGUUCGGACGUCGGGAUUGGGACCGACCGCGCCUCGCUUUCGACGGUUUUAUGUUUACGUGUACGUCGGACACCGAUGUGGGAUGCACAAGUUUGCACUUUUCCUCCUCCGACUUUGACGGCUUGUUUGGGUCGGGCGAGCCGUUCCCGUGACUUGCCCUUACUUUGGUUCAGGUUCCCGACGAUUCUGCACGCUUGAAAUGAAGGCUGUCCGAGUUAGGAACAUCUUUUGGUUUUUAAAAUGAAUCUUUUGAUUUGGGAUUCUCUGGACUGGAACCGACCCAAAUAAAUUUGUGACUCUUUGAUCACAUCCAUUUCCCGUCUGACGGCAAUUUGGGAGGUCCUUCACGUCCGAUCGAGUCGGGUGAAAAUGUCAACUUGACUUCCUGAAGUAUUUUGGAGCAGACGUACCGGAAUGUCGCAUUUUCCCGCCUUUGGACCCCCGGAAAAAUAAUCGAUGCCAUGGAAAAGGUUGACGCGCAGAACCCCCCCGAUGAGGCGCAAAGUCGGUGGGAAUUCUGUCCCAAAUUUGCUCGUUUUAGCUCAAUCUUAAGCCCCGCCCCCCCUUCUUGACUCCAAAAUUGGUUUCAAGCCACCUUUGAGUUUGUCAGCUGCCAGAUUGUCGUCGGCGUGGUUCCAAAUGUCGCACUGAGGCAGGCGAAUCCGGAUUUUAUUUGUUGGCCGCCGUCGGCCACGAGCGCGUCUUCGUCUCCGUACUUUGUUCGCGGUCGGCCGUAUCAAAACUUUGAAUCCCGGGAGAACCCGCACGUCAGUCCCGGUUCCAUUUAGUUCCCAAUGCCCUAGCCCGACCCGAGAGGCGUGCCUCGGUCCAUUGCCGGAGACCGGAACCUUGCCGAGAUCGUCUUUCUUUUAAGCAAACGGAAAGCGAGGUUCAUCCCGCUAGUAAGGUUAUGGUUAUUUCCUGCUCGCCCAGACGAGGUGCCGCCCGCCGCACAAACAGCUGGAGAUUUACAAUCGGACAGGAAUUUGGGAGAACAAAAUUGGACCCGAAACAGAUCCCUGCGGCACUCCCAAGUCAUUAGGAUCAAGAUUGGAGUCAACCCGUGUCCUUUCCUUCCAGCAACGCAGAUCCACCUUUUGCCGGGGCAGGGAUGCUACUGGUGGUCCACUCGAGUUCUGGCAUGGUUCUGAAGUUCCCUUCAUUCUUGAUUGCUUUGCAUAACACGUACUUAUCAUCUUACCACUUCCUGUACCGUAUAUCGUCUUGUAUACCGGUCGUAUUUUGGCUCUGGCUAAAGUGCGCUUCAAAUUUGGUCUAACGUGUCCGUGGUAACCGUCACUACGGUGCGAGGGCACCGGUCCGCCGGGUCUCUGGACUGCGCUGCUGGUUUGGAUGACGGCGCAGGGCAAGUUUCUCGUUGGGGGUCGCCACAGCGUAACAUCUCAGAUGAACGCUCAUAUCGGUUCGGCACCGUUUUUACGCCGACCGCCCUUCCUGACGCAAUCCCCGCGGGGAGGCAGCGGAGUCCCCCGUGAGAUCCCGACCGACUCCCGGGCCGCCGAGCUACGGGGCCCCUAGCCGUAGGUGGGCGGUGGCCACCUUCCGGCGCCGAGGAACGACGCCACGAGAACCGGUGACGUCACGCGGCUCACCUGGCCGGCGCUCAGCGGGAACAGCCGGCGGCUAUUCCGGCUUCUCUGUUAAUUAGCCGUCUGCUGAACGAAGGCGCGACGGAGCGCUGAUGAGGAACGAGACGGUGUGUUCACAAAUCAAACAGUGAGGGAAUGAUCAACAAAGUGAACGUGAAUGACGGGAGUUCCACCUUCACUGGGCGGGAAAAACGACAACAACAAAAGGCCAGUGGGAUAUUCGCCGCCGUCGUCAAUGAGACGUCAGCGGCCACCGCAGCCGCUUUUGGACAGUUUUUUACAAAAGAAGGGCAAAGGAUUGCGCAGAAACGACAAAAAAAAAAGACAAAACAGUUUGGCGCUAACGACUCCAAACGGGUCCGGCGCAGAUCGGAACGGCUCACUAAUUCCGAGCGACGAUCCCGUAGGGCGACACGGGGUUGAUACUCAGUCGGACCCCCAAAAUUUCAGGGCUUUUUAGGGCCGUCGUGGGAAAUGAAGAGUAAGGAAAAAAAGCCAUCGGCUGCUCUCGGUUCCGGUACCUCAGUACCUGUGACGGCGAUCACCUGUCGCCCCCUUGCGGUCGUUGCCGUUGAUAUGACCGUCGUCGACGUCUUCACGUAACGGUGCAGAGAAAAACGCAUUCUAACUGCAAUUGCAACUACGCGCGCCCAAACGUGUCUCAGCACCCCUACGAGUCGAGCUCCUCGAGCCUACCCCGGUGCCUCUCUCGUCCUUUUUGCUCUGCCUCUGAGUGCAUUGGCCUCGGCGAUGAACCUCAGCUUCCUCUUUUCUUCGAUAUGUCAGUCGCUCUUCUGGCUUUUUUGCCUUUGGGGCAGUAGAGAUGAAAAGUGGGCAGCUACCAAGUCUUCCUUUCCCCACGGUGGUAGUUUUUAGCAAUGUCACACUGUCUGGGAACUCGACUGCAAACACUUUUCAAUUCUUUUCACGAGAUUUGCAAGUGCGACGGCUGCAGUUCGUUCCCUUUUAAAGUCGACGCCGUCUCUGCCUUUGACGAGUCCGCCUGCGUUCGUAGAGCCUCUGACUUCCGGCUGGACGACUGGAGGUGCUCGUACCGCUGCCUGAAGUUGACGCUUCGCCUUAUCUUGACCUUUUCGAAAUAGAUUCACACCAACGCCAGAUGAGAGAG